AUGGUGACCGACAUCUACUCCCUUCCUGCUGUCCAAAUAAUCGGCGACCCUCUCGAUGAGACACUGGAAAAAGUUGUGGAGACUAUACAAUUCUCUAUCUUUUGCUUUACCCUACCAUUCUAUAUUUUUGUGAUCUACCACCUACUUGACGCUCAGUUACGAGGUGUCGAGGAUUUAUCGACCCCAUUUUUCAAGUUGUGUGUGACAACGGCAAUUGUGGAUAUUUGGACCCUUCUGAACAACUACCUGGGCGCCAUGUUCCCAAAAUGGGGGUGGGGAACUCGCAUAUAUAUAUUUCUUGACGGAUACUAUGCACAUACGUAUUUGUAUUUUGCAUGGACUUCUGGAAUCUGCCAAGCGAUGUGCAUAUCAGUCCUCGCCACCAAUCGCCUCUCCGCUAUCAUAUUCCCGAAUCGACAUCAUCAUAUCUGGAGUACCCAACGUCUCCGAAUAGCAUACGCGAUUCAAUUCCUACCGGGAAUGAUGGCUGGUAUGGCAACACUAUUCGAUAAAACUCAACUUUAUAGAAAUUCAAAAAAUGGAGUGAUUCCGAAGUUUAGGAAGUGA